GAGCCACGUCAGCGUCCGGCCCGCGCCUCGCCUCGCCUCGCCUCGCCUCGCCUCGGUGGCGGCAUGGGGACGGCGGCCCUGGGAGCCGAGCUGGGCGUGCGGGCCCUGCUCUUCGCGGCCUUCCUGCUGACCGAGCUGCUCCCCCCGUUCCAGCGGCGGAUCCAGCCCGAGGAGCUGUGGCUCUACCGGAACCCGUACGUGGAGGCGGAGUACUUGCCCGCCGGGCCCAUGUUUGUGAUCGCGUUCCUCACGCCGCUGUCCCUCAUCUUCCUGGCCAAGUGUCUGAGGAAAGCGGACGCCGCUGACAGCAAGCAGGCCUGCCUCGCUGCCAGCCUUGCCCUGGCUCUGAAUGGUGUCUUUACCAACGUAAUAAAACUCAUAGUGGGGAGGCCACGCCCAGAUUUCUUCUACCGAUGCUUUCCUGACGGCCUGGCCCACUCGGAUUUGACUUGCACGGGCGACAAGGAUGUGGUGAAUGAGGGCCGUAAAAGCUUCCCCAGUGGACAUUCUUCCUUUGCGUUUGCUGGUCUAGCCUUUGCUUCCUUCUACCUGGCGGGAAAGUUACACUGCUUCACACCACAGGGCAGAGGGAACUCCUGGAGGCUUUGUGCCUUUCUGUCGCCUCUCCUCCUUGCAGCUGUGAUUGCACUCUCUCGCACGUGUGACUACAGGCACCACUGGCAAGAUGUGCUGGUUGGAUCCAUGAUUGGAACGGCAUUCGCCUACAUCUGCUACAGGCAGUACUAUCCCCCUCUGACUGAUAGAGAAUGCCAUAGGCCAUUUCAGGACAAGCACAGACUUCCCUCUUCACAGAAGAAGCCCAGUGAGCCUCAACACUUGGAUAUCUAGCUGAAUCUACCUCAAUGAAAAACCUCCAAACUGGAUGCCAUACUCAAGCCAAGGAUUUCUGGCUUUUACCUCUUCCAGGGUAAAAGCCACACGAGUCUGCUGCCACAGGACUGUACCUUCCCCCACUCCCAAGGCUAGAUCCUGAGGAAAUCCCUGGCCUGGCCUGAUCUGGCAAGGGAAUCUCUCUCACCAGGUUAGUGAAUCUGGUCCACUGGAUUGGUUUCCCAAGAUCUAGCAUUUUUACGUUAAUGUAAAUGUCACUCCUAAAGAGACCUGCUCACAAAGGAGGCUUUUCAUGACCCUCCUUUAUCCUGGAAGGCUUAAUGACCAAAUGUAAUCUUUGUCCCUUAUGAAUAAGGGCAGUGCCAGUCAAGCUUUGAUUCUGUUUACUUUCUGUGGUAACAUUCCAUUACGCCUUAAAUAAUAAAAUGUCCAAUUUUGGCCAA